ACCGUGAACCCGAUGUCGAAAACGCAAGCCGCCGGUUGUUGAUUUUUCUGAAGGGCACCAAAUCAACAGACGAAAGACCUAUAAAAACAGACAAGAACCACUGGCUCUGGAAAUCCAGCUGCGGCCGCCCUCUCACCCCUGAAACCCUUCCUACCAUUCGUCGUGAUCGCGUGCGGCCCCGCCAUCGACAGCACCUCUCCCAAAACCCCUCCAAACAUUAUGGAUGCACAUGAGGAAAAUUUGGCUGAGCAAGACAUGGCUGGAGCAACUGGGAACUCGGACAAUGAGAAUCAAGGACAGGUUGAUAAUUUGGGAGCUGAAGUUAGUGAAAAGAGGUGGCCUGGGUGGCCUGGAGAGAAUGUUUUUCGAAUACUAGUUCCUGCUCAUAAAGUAGGUGGUAUAAUUGGCCGCAAGGGAGAGUCUAUCAAAAGAAUGUGCGAGGAAUCAAGAGCUCGUAUAAAGAUUCUUGAUGGUCCUCCUGGCUCACCAGAAAGAGCGGUAAUGAUAUCAGCGAAGGAGGAGCCAGAUGCACCCAUUUCUCCUGCUAUGGAUGGUCUGCUAAGAGUCCAUAAAUGUAUAAUUGAUUAUACAGAUGGCAGAUCUGCUCAAGCUCUACCAGGUACUGGCAACAUGGUACCAACACGGCUACUGGUAGCAGCUUCACAAGCUGGAAGCCUUAUUGGAAAACAGGGAGCAACUAUAAAAUCCAUACAAGAGGCGACUAAAUCUGUUAUCCGUAUUCUUGAAAAUGUACCUCCUGUUGCUUUGCAAGAUGACAGAGUUGUGGAGAUACAAGGAGAGCACAUGGGAGUUCAUAAAGCUGUCGAACUUAUUGCAACUCAUUUACGGAAGUUUUUAGUUGAUCGAAGUGUCCUCCCCUUAUUUGAAAUGCAAAUGUCAAUGCCAAAUAUGCAUAUGGAACAGAACAAACCACCUCCUCAACCCUGGGUCCACCCUCAAAGCCUUCCUCAAAAUCCUGGUGGUCCAGGUUAUGGGAGCAAUCCUCAGUUCAUGCCUCCACACCUGCCUGACAAUUUUUAUCCUCCACCAGGCCUUCCUCCCUUUGAAAGACAACCUCAUCAUGGUAUUUCUGCGUAUGGACAAGAUGGACCACUCCUCCGUUCAACUCCAAAUCAACAGCCGACAAUCUCCCAGGUCACAGAUUCAAUGCACAUCCCACUUUCCUAUGCUGAUGCUGUAAUUGGGACAGGUGGUGCAAGUAUCAGCUAUAUCCGUCGUGCCAGUGGGGCAAGCGUAACAAUACAGGAAUCAUGGGAAUUCCCUGGACAGAUGACCGUGGAGAUUAUUGGGAGUACUACACAAGUUCAAACUGCUCGGCAAUUGAUCCAGAAUUUCAUGGCCGAAGCUGCUGCUCCGGCUUCAGCUCCGGCACAAAGCGCAGCGGCUCCUGUCAAUCAGGGAUACAGUUCUUACCCAUCACAUGGGCCCAUGUAUGGGUCUCCUCCAGUCCACAGUGCGCCUGCCUCCUACAAUGCUGGAGGAUACGACUCAACCUAUGGAGCAAACUACAGAUACUAGGCAGUCGAGAAGCUUGUUGAGAUGAUGACAUGUCUAUUUGAGAUCCAUUGUCAUGGAUUAUUUGGACUUGUGGAUUUGUGAUGAGGUGGAUACCAGCUACAUUUAGACAUCUCUUGCCUGGUCUCGUGUCAGGUCAACACUGGAUGUUUAGCAUGCCUUGCCCCCCUUCCAUUUUGUCCCCUUCUCCUUGUACCUGUGCUUUUUACAAAUUCCUCCCUCAAUUUCUCGCUUUUUGAUUGUUGUGCGCAUUCUUUACA